AUGGCGUCUGCCGACACCCUCUCCGUGGGCAGUCGCCCUCUCUCCGAUCCCACUCCAGCCGACGACCGUCCUCCUCGACGAAGAUCCCCUCCGCCGCAGCGACAAGAUGGAGGAGGUAGAGGUGGUGGCGACAGCUACCGCCCGGCUCGCAGGGAGCGCACGCCGCCGCCCAAGCCGACCGAGGAACAGAAGCAGGCGGCGGCCAAGGCCGAGUACGAGAAGCUGCUGAACAUGCGGUCGGGCGGGACGUACAUACCGCCCGCGCGGCUGCGGGCGCUGCAGGCGCAGAUCACCGACACGUCGAGCAAGGAGUACCAGCGCAUGGCGUGGGAGGCGCUCAAGAAGUCCAUCAACGGCCUGAUCAACAAGGUCAACGUGCCCAACAUCAAGCUCAUCGUGCCCGAGCUGUUCGGCGAGAACCUGGUGCGCGGCCGCGGCCUCUUCUGCCAGAGCAUCAUGAAGGCCCAGGCCGCCAGCUUGCCCUUCACCCCCAUCUAUGCCGCCGUCGUCGCCAUCGUCAACACCAAGCUGCCCAACGUCGGCGAGCUGCUCGUCAAGCGUCUGGUCUUGCGGUUCAGGAAGGCGUUCAAGCGCAAUGACAAGGCUGUGUGCCUCUCGACGACGACGUUCCUCGCCCAGCUCACCAACCAGCAGGUCGUCAGCCCAAUGUUGAUCGCGCAGAUGCUCUUGUUGCUUUUGAACAAGCCGACCGACGAUAGUGUCGAAAUUGCCGUGGGCUUGAUGAAGGAGGUGGGCUCGUUCCUAGAAGAGAUGGAGUCGACCAUGAGCAGGGCCAUCUUUGAUCAGUUCAGACAUAUUCUCCAUGAUGGCGACCUUGACAAGCGAGUCCAGUAUAUGGUGGAAGUGCUUUUCCAGAUUCGGAAAGACGGCUUCAAGGAUAACCCGGCUGUCAAAGAGGAGUUGGAUUUGGUUGAAGAGGAGGAUCAGAUCACACACUCUGUCGAUUUAGAUGGCGAAGUAGAAGGACAGGAGUCGCUAAACGUCUUUCGAUUUGAUUCCGACUAUGAAGCAAAUGAGGCAUCUUACAAGGCGCUCAAGGCAGAGAUUUUGGGUGAGGGUAGCGAUGAUGAGGAUGAGGAUGAUAGUGAUGCCGAGAGCUCUGAGAGCGAGGAUGAGGAGACUAAGGCUAUCGAGAUCAAGGAUCAGUCCAAUGCUGACCUUGUCGCCUUACGAAGAACGAUUUAUCUUACGAUCAUGUCUAGCAUGGAUCCUGAAGAAUCAGUGCACAAGCUGCUGAGACUGAACAUACCUGCUGGCCUGGAGCACGAGCUACCGGAAAUGAUCAUCGAGUGCUGUGCUCAAGAACGCUCUUACACAUCGUUCAUGGGUGCACAGGGAGAGAGGCUUGCCAAGAUUAACAGACUGUGGAUGGAUCUCUUUGAGAGAGAGUUCCAGAACUAUUACGAGAAAAUUCAUCGAUACGAGACGAACAAGCUGCGAAAUAUCGCACGGUUCAUGGGACACAUGCUAGCUUCUGAUGCGAUUGGCUGGCACGUCUUGUCUGUCAUCCAUCUCAACGAAGAGGAGACGACAUCGGCCUCUAGAAUCUACAUCAAGAUCAUGUUCCAAGAGAUCACCGAGGAGAUCGGCAUGCCCAAGCUCCAAGCACGCAUGAAGGAUGACAUUCUUCGAUCAAGCUUUGACGGUAUCUUCCCCCGCGACAAUCCACGCAACGUGCGUUUCUCCAUCAACUACUUUACGAGUAUUGGUAUGGGUGCUCUCACGGAAGAAAUGAGAGAAUUUUUGCAGAAUAUGCCGAAACCUGCCCUCCCUGCGCCAGUUGUUGCAGACGAGUCAGACUCGGAGUCUGAGAGCGGCUCCAAGGUCCCUGAGCCGGUCUCCUCCGUCGAGACGAGCACCCGUCCGGGCAGCUUCUCGUUCUCCUCCUCCCAGGCGAGCCCCGAGCCGAUCGCUCUCCCGGUCACCGCCGCCGAGACGCGCACCCGCAGCUCGGCCUAUUUCCCGAUCUCGCUCGCCGCCUCCUAG